AUGGAUCCCUGUCACAGUGCCCAAGAUGUACACCGAUGUGACCUUAGUGAGACCGCCAUAGUACACAGCUACUGUGACGUUUGUCAUUUCAGUCUAUGCAAGCCCUGUGUUGUUGAUCAUAUCUCAGGUGCGUAUGACAAACAUAAAAUAGUUCCUUUUAAAGAACGAAGAUCAACCCUCAUUUAUCCAAUAUGUAAAAUUCAUCCACACAAAACUUGCAAAUUUCAAUGCAAGGACUGCAACAGCAUUUUUGUUUGUUCUUCCUGUAGUGAGUCUGAACAACACAAGAGGCAUGUAUUUGAAGAAGUUUCAGAAGUUUACAAGACAAAGAAAAAAGCUAUUGAAAAAGAUGCAGAAGAGUUAGAAAACCUUAUUUCUCCCACUUAUGAAGAAAUGGUGCAUGACUUGGAAAAGCAGCUUGCUUACCUUGAUGGAGGAUAUGAGAAACUUGCAACAAUGAUGUCAAAGCAAGGAGAGCAAUGGCACAGAGAAAUCGACAUUGUUAUUAAUAAAAUGAAAAUGGAAAUAAAUGAGAUAAAAGUUAAACACAGAGACAUUUUACAGACCCACUUGGAUGAAAUCAAACGGGUACAGUUGCUUAUUAAUCAAACAUUAGUUGUCAUUAAAGAAAUUGAGAAAUCCACACAAGUGACUCCUGUCAUUGAAUACAACUCUAAGAUCCAAGAGUUCAGCAAGCUACCACCUAAGGUUCGGGUAUUACUGCCAACAUUCAUUCCUGAACCAAUAGACUGUGAGAAACUGAAGAGCUUGUUUGGACACGUCACCCCAUUAUCUACUGCUAAGGAGAAAGAUAUCUUGUCACUGAAUCAACCAAACACUUUAGUCAAAAAACUACUGGAUGAACCGGAGCUUGUUGCCACAAUACGGACUGGGUAUGGUCAAUUGCGCAAUGUUACCUGUAAAAAUGAGGAAAUGAUGUGGGCCAGUGGAAAGUCUAAUAAAAUCAAAUGUUUCAACCUUCAAAGUUCACUUGUCGAUACACUUUAUAUAAUAUCAGGGACGUUCCCUUAUGAUAUAAUUGUAGACACUAACGAAUAUCUAGUUUUCUCUGACGGAGUAACGAGGAGUGUGUAUAAAUAUAACUUUAAAAAUAGACAGUCAAUAGAGUUGAUAAGAUUACAGGGAUGGACGCUUGGAGAGUUAUGCGUCACCUCUACUGGUGAUCUCCUGGUUACCAUGAGCAGUGAUGAUUAUACUCAAUCCAAAGUUGUCCGCUACUCAGGAUCUUCAGAAACACAAACAAUUCAAUUCGAUGAUGAAGGUAAACCUCUGUAUUCGGGGAAUGAUGAAACUAAAUACAUCACUGAGAACAGAAACCAUGACAUCUGUGUAGCUGACUAUGGGGCCGGUGCAGUAGUGAUGGUUAAGCAGGACGGGAAACUCAGAUGGAGAUACACCGGUCAUCCCUCAGUUACCAAGAACUCACCAUUUAAUCCCUGGGGCAUCACAGCAGACAGUCAGAGCCGUAUCCUGACGGCAGACGCUAACAACCAUUGUAUCCACAUUCUAGAUCAGAAUGGACAGUUUCUCCGUUAUAUUGAUAACUGUGAUCUGGAAAAUCCUUCUGGCUUAGAUGUUGAUCAAAAUGACAAUGUCUUUGUGUGUGAGCUUAACAAAGGAAACGUUAAGAAAAUCAAAUAUUCAACAUAGACGCCAACGUUUAUAUCAAUGACGUAGCUAAAAAGACUGUUUUACAUGUAUGUAUGAAUUGUUCGUUAUAGACUAGUAUGCAUGUGUAUUGUACAGGUGUAUUGGGUUUUAUGACAUCCUUCUGAAAUAUAAAAAACGUGUGGAAUACCUAUUUAAUU